UGGACGCCACAAUGCACUUGUGGGGGGGGGAGAUGCACAGUUUACUGCAUAAACAGAGAUGCACUGAUAAACAAAGAGAAACACUGAUGAGAGUUGUCUCAGGGUGCACAGAAGACCACUUCAUACAGGAUCCCAUUUAGACUCUCUCACUGAAAAAAAAAAAACCCCACCAUGGCUUGGUCACAUUAAGUCUCCCCACGAGAGCGGUGGAAACAACAAAAGGCACCCCCCUGCAGUAGUAGAGAUCUAAUAUUGGCACCCGAAGCAGCUGGCGGGCUGUCUCCUGUAAUUUUAGCGCGCACUGAUGCAGAGGAAAGAUUUAAUGGGCAUUGGUCAGCGUACCCUCUUGUGAGGGCGUAAAGGAGGCAGAGCGGAGAGAGGGAGGGGAGCAGAGGGAGAGGACAGUGAGGAGAGAGGGAGAGAGAAAGGCAGCGUGUGAGAGCUGCUGUGGCUCAGAAAUAAAGUCAGGCAACUAUCUGGAGCAGCAUGACUCUUCUAACACUUGGACUCUAUCUGCCUUUGUGGUUUUGUUAUGGCCUGGCUCAGUCCUCUUUUUUGGACAGCUUUGUUGCAUUCCCAGCAGCUCUCAGAUCCCAGGAGCAGCAGAAGAGGUUCAGCCCAUGCUGUUUACUGAGUCCGCCUCCACCCCCACUGUUUCCUCCACCCCCCUCACUUUGGCGCCGCCACGCUCAUAAUGAGGAAAUUUCAAAUCAUGGUGGUGAGUCGAGCGAGCCGGGCAACGGGGGCAAAGGUUCAGCCUGUGUCCAAGGCCCCCAAGGGCCUGCUGGUCCCCCUGGCAUUGAGGGCCCACCUGGAUUACCUGGGAUUGGAGGGCCCAAGGGUGAAAAGGGAGAAAUCGGAAGACCUGGGCGAAAGGGUCGGACAGGUCCCCCCGGACUUCCUGGGAAGCUGGGACCAGCUGGGUGGCCGGGACCAAGUGGGCCCAAAGGUGAGAAAGGAGACUCUGGGCUGAUGGGUUUACCAGGAGCCAGAGGAUUAAUCGGGCCACGGGGUUUACCUGGUUAUAAAGGAGAAAAGGGUUCCCGAGGUGAUCGUGGUGAGAGUGGAAUGAAAGGCGACAAGGGUGGAAUGGGCUUCCCAGGAAUGCUUGGACAGAAAGGGGAAAUGGGUCCAAAGGGGGAACCUGGAAUCUCAGGAAACAGAGGACCCGCAGGCCAACCAGGGAAGAGAGGCAAGCAGGGAGUGAAAGGGGACCCAGGCCGUGUUGGUCCCAUGGGACCUGCAGGGCCACAGGGACCUAUUGGCCACCCCGGUCCUCCUGGUUCACCUGCCACAGGACUGUACAUGGUUGGAACAAAGGGUGCACGCGGUCCACCAGGGCCUCCUGGAAAGUGUAACUGCGGCUCUCUCAGUAGUUCGCCAUAUGAUGAUUAUCCUUCCAGAGGAAACUAUCCCAAAGUACCGGCGAUAUUCGUUGUGAGCAACGAGGAAGAACUGGAGCGUCUUCACACAGAUAACGCUCUCGCAUUCCGCAAAGAUCAGAGAUCUCUCUAUUUCAAAGACAUUGAUGGCUGGCUGCCAAUCCAGACUUUUCCAUUCCAGCUGACGCCGUUCCAGUCCAUGGAAAACGCGCCUGACGAUGAAGGUUACUGCGGUGACGGGAUUGUGCAGAUUUCCACUGGGGAGGAGUGUGAUGACAGGAACAGAGUCGUCACCGACGGCUGCGUCAAGUGUAAACAUGCCUAUUGCGGAGACGGAUACCGCUAUGAGGGGGCUGAGGAGUGUGAUGGGAAGGACUUUGGAUACCAGACAUGUAAUUCAUAUCUUCCAGGGUCAUAUGGUCACCUCAAGUGCACGCCACACUGUGUUAUUGACUCCACAAACUGCAAGUACUUCACUUGAGGAGGAAGCUGGACUGUGUAGCAGAUAACAGAAAUAUUUUUCAUGCAAAAAAAAAAUAAGAAUAACGCUCCAAGAAAAGAGACUCUGAAGGUAGAGGCAACCAAUGGUUUAAUGAUGAAAAACAUAACACAUAUAUGUAACUCCUCUGUAUUGCUGCUGAGAUGCCACAUAGCUCCCUGGAGUUAUGUUCAGUCAGUGAGGGUGAAAACCUUCAUCCACACAUCGGAAAUGCACAGGACAACCGGCUGCACUCCGUCUUAACAAGCAGGACUUAAGGCCGGCCUCCUCACCUCACCACGCCCGAUUGGACCGGAAUCAGCCUCUGGAUGCAAUAUGUUGUGCGACAGCCAUGCAGAGACUUAAUCAAGUGCCAGUGGGAGAUGUUGCAGAGGAGCAGUAGCCGGGCCAGAGGCGAGUUAAUCUUGACCCAGUUACUGUUGAGAAAGAGAAGGCAGUAGGACAUCCAGAGCCGUGGCCUCAGGUAUUCUACUGCACAGCAUUUGCAUGAGGCUGUGAUUACUGAGACCAUGACAGCAGCUGUCAGCAUCCGAGCAUGUAACCUAUCACUUAACUUACUGUUGCCACAAGGUUUGCACUGUAUAGUCUCAAUAUCACAUCAAACAUUUCACUUGUAGUCAGAUCAAUAUGUAUGGUUAGUGGUGGGUGUAGUGCAUGAAUUAUGCACUGAAAUAUUUCAGCGAGACUGUUAUACCACAAGGCCACUUCUUCAGAGGCCGACUUGGCUCGUGGCGGGACUGUACUGGACAAGGUUUCAUAAAUCCAAACAUUUCUCAGGAACCAACAUGUAGCUCCACACAGGCCUCCUCCACUACUCUCUUUGUAAAUGAAAUGGCAGUGACUGUAAGCUGAAGCACACGGGCAUCUCAAACAAGAGCUUUAAAGUAUCCACAAGGUGCAGGCCUCCGGGUGCCAUCGAGUUUCCUCCCUGUGCUUCGGUGAGAAAUGAAAUAUACCGUAUGGGAAGGCUUGAAACUGUUAUGUCCUUAAAUUUCCUCACUGCACAGGAAGAAAAAAAGGCUGGAAUAGUCUGUUAGCUGCUAAAAGGGGGAGGAAUUUCAAUUCCAGUCUGUUCUUUGGUCAUUACUGUAUUUACUCUAUUACCUCUUUAUCCAGUCUUUCUGUCUUACAGUAUAUACAGAAACUCAACAGUAAACUUAACAGUGUAGAUGUAGUCUGCUGGACUGUGCCGAUAUAAGCUGACAUUUUUUUUUUUUUUCCAUAAGCUACUGUACGAGUCGCAGUGCCAAGGGAGAGCUUGUCUCAGCUGUACUUAGAUGUAGUCAGGCGUUCUCAAGUGUAAAAGCAAUUGAAAGUUUAAGACUGUUACUAUAUUGUCUCCGCAUGCUCUCUGUGAUACCUCGCUUGUGUGUGUGAAGCCAUAACACUUUUGUCAGACAUUUUGUAAACCACUGCAUUCAUCAGCAUAGCAGGUGUCUUAAAGAGAUAUCAGUCUUGCUCUGCCCAGAGUGUAGCCAAGUACUGUAUGUAUGAUAGUGACGAACCGUGCCAUGCGCACAGCUGAAAUACCUUUUGGAAACUAUGUUGAAUGUUCUGUCUGUGGCUGCUGUGCUCAAUCCUGUACCGUGUACGUCGAAACAUAACAUGCAUGUGGUAACGUACUGUAAGGCUUUAUGAAAUAUAGUAUGCACUGUGGCUGGGAUGGUGAAAGUUCAUGUUUUGUUUCAUUGCUCCAGUAUGAUUUAUACAGUAGUUGUGGGUCGUUUUAAAAAAAAAAAAAGAGAGAGAGAUGAAAAAUAAAACAUUCAUUCAAA